AAAAAUGCAGAAGGCCGAAUAAACAGCCUUCAACUCUGGACCACAAACGAGGCUUCGUCAAUGGGCCCCACAUUGGGAUCCAUCCAAUGCGACCUACUUUGGGCCCAAUAUUCUUUUAGAGAGGAACUUUGGGCUCAAUAUUUGGAUGGCGGAGAAUGUCGCUGGCCCAGUUUUUCGAUCGCGUCGAAUAAUCUCAGUCCGUUUCCGUCGGGCAGCAGGUGUCUGUUCUGUGGGACCUGCUUCCUCCGAGCUCUGUGUUAAAGCCGCCGAGCCGUGGACGCCGCCAUGCCCCAUGAGCGCCACCGCCUUGCGCACCGGCGCGGCCAUCCUUCGCGCGCUCUCCGCCGCCUCCGCGACCCGCCUCCACGCGCACGCCCUGAAGCUCAGCGUCGUCCCCUCCUGCCUCCACUGCUGCUCGGCCCUGCUCAAGUCCUACGCUGCCUCCGGCCGCAUCGCCGCCGCGCGCCAGCUGUUCGACGAAAUCCCGCGCCCGGACAUCCCGCUAUGGAACGCCCUGGUAUCCGCCUACGCGCGCUCCGGCCACCCCCGCCACGCCCUGGCCGCUGCGUCCGCCAUGGCGCGCGACGCGGGGGCACGGCCAGACGGCAUCUCGGUCACGAGCCUCCUGUCCGCGUGCGCGCAGCUGAGGAGCUCAGUGCACGGGAGGGAGCUCCACGGGUACGCUGUGAGGAACGUCGUCGAUCUUGACCUCCCCGUGCUCAGUGCGUUGGUGAACAUGUACGGCAGGUGCAGGCGGCUGAAGGAUGCGAGGACGGUGUUCACCGGCAUGGGGGUUGGCAUGAGGACUGCUGUUUCUUGGACAUCCAUGAUCAAUGCUUGCUCCGAGAAUGGGCGCCCAACUGAGGCACUGGAAGUGUUCGAGGAGAUGAGGAAUUCUGGUGUCAAGGUCGAUGAGGUCACCCUGCUUGCUGUCAUCUCGGCCUGCACUAAGCUGGACUGCAUGUCGAGUUUGGGGGACUGGGUGGAACAGUGUGCGCUUGAGAAUGGGUUCCUGCAGAACACCCGUAUCGCCAAUGCCCUCAUACACAUGCAUGGGAAGAUGGGGAGGGUGAGGAGAUCAUGUGAGAUAUUUGACCUGAUGGGAUUGAGGACAGUGGUUUCGUGGACGGCCAUGAUACAAGCACUUGCCAUGAAUGGGCAUGGAGUGGCUGCCCUUGUUCGGUUUGCGCAGAUGCUCAGAGAAGGGUUCCAGCCUGAUGAGGUUAUCUUCUUGAGUGUACUCAAUGCCUGUGGUCACUCCAGCCUAGUGAACGAGGGGUGCCAACUGUUCAAGUCCAUGGUGGAGGAGUACAGCAUCACACCAUGGAUGGAGCACUAUGGGAGCAUGGUAGACAUGCUGUGCAAAGCUGGAGCAUUGGGCGAGGCAUUUGCGUUCGUCCUGGCCAUGCCUGUUAAGCCUGAUCAUAUGAUAUGGCGUGUUUUGGCCGGUGCUUGUCGUGACCAUGGGAAUGCCAGCUUAGCAAGGAAGGUGAUGGAUCAUGUGAUCGGCAUGGAGCCCCACCAUGAGGGGAAUUACGUACUGGCGUCAAACUUGUAUGCUGCAGAUGAGGAUUGGAGACGUGUGGUAGAUAUUAGGUUGGACAUGGGAGCAAGGAAAGGGACUUCAAGAGGUGCUAUUGCGGCGUCUUAUGUUGAAGUCAAUGGUGACUAAAGUGCAGAAAGCUUGUAUGCUAGUACACAUCACCGCUCGCCGGUGACUUUUCCAACUCCACUGCUUCGAGAUGCACAAUGCUGCAUAACCACGAAUUUGCUUGCCUUACUAGCACAUUAUGUGCUUGUGUCUAUGUUUUGUGCCUCUCAUGAAGAACCUGAUAAGAGAAUUGAGUUGCAUGCCUCAGUUCUUUUGCAUAAGAUUUAGGUAAAUAUAGUGUUGUCAGAAAAAUUGAAUGUCUCAAGUUUCAUAGAAAAUUAGAAUAGAUUUCCCUGCACUGUUUUGCAAGAUAUAUUGUUCCAGGGUCGUAGUGAAAUCUUUCGAAUCAGUUAAGUGUCAUGGCAUGUGCUGUGUGAACAAGAAAAGAUGCCAUUUUCGGUAUCCAUAUUUGUCAUACUGUUGGUUAGUACUUGGUGGCCUAAGUGAUGCUUGUGUUGAUGUUUUGAA